GGCAGGGACCGCCCCGGGGGUGGCGCUGGGGACACGCCGGGGUCCCGCAGCCCCUCCGCGUGUCCCCGGGGCCAUGAAGGUGAAGGUGAUCUCCGUGCUGGAGGACAACUACAUGUACCUGGUGAUCGAGGAGAGCACCCGCCGCGCCGUGGCCGUGGACGCCGCGGUCCCCAAGAGGCUGCUGGAGAUCAUCAGGAAGGAGGACGUGGAGCUCAGGGCCAUCCUCACCACCCACCACCACUGGGACCACGCCAGGGGCAAUGAGGAGCUGGCGCAGCUCCUGCCGGGCCUGCAGGUGUUCGGGGCUGACGAGCGCAUCGGGGCCCUCACGCACAGGGUCAGCCAAGGCCAGGAGCUCGCGUUCGGGUCCAUCAGGGUGAGGUGUCUCUUCACCCCGUGCCACACCUCGGGCCACAUGUGCUACUUCAUGUGGGAGGACGAUUCCCCGGAUGCUCCAGCCCUUUUCUCAGGUGACACCCUGUUCGUGGGGGGCUGCGGGCAGUUCUUCGAGGGCACGGCGGAGCAGAUGCACACCAACCUCACCCAGAUCCUGGGGGCUCUGCCCAAGGACACGAAGGUUUUCUGUGGCCACGAAUGCACCGUCAGAAACCUCAAGUUCGCCUUGAAGGUGGAGCCAGAGAAUGAAAUGGUGAAGGAGAAGCUGGCGUGGGCCAAACAGCGGGAUGACGAGGACCUGCCCACGGUGCCCUCCACGCUGCAGGAGGAGUUCCUGUACAACCCCUUCCUGCGGGUCACGGAGGAGGCCGUGCAGAGGUUCACGGGCAGGACGGACCCCGUGGAGGUGCUGAGGGCGCUGCGCUCCCAGAGGGACAACUUCAAGAAGCCCAAGGAGAGGCCCAACCCCCAGGCCAUGCUGGCCUUCGACUGGGGGCUCUUCGGGCCCUUCCUGGACAAGAAGUGACACCCCCGUGGUGCCAGGGCUCCCUCCUGGCUGUGCCCAGCUCGGCUUGGCUCCCAGCUGGGGCUGGGUUUUGUCUUUUAGCUGCUUGUGUGAGGCUGCUCUGCUCCGCUCCGCUCCCCUCUGGCUCCUGGGAUUCCCUGUGGAGCUCCUGGGUCCCUUUGGAGAGCCCAGGCUGUGGGACCCCCCCCUUGGUGCUGGGAUGCUGGCAGAGGGUCAGGACGUGGCUCGGGGCAGGGCACAGUGCCAGUUUUGGGGUCAGUGGGGGAAGUGCCGUGGCAGGGAGCCAGGGAAGGGCAGGAAUGCUCAGGGAUUGUGGUGCUGUGCCCCACGGAGCACCAGGCUCCCCUGCCAGGCCCUGCAUCCCAGUCCCAGGGCUUGUGAUGGUGGCUUUGGGACUCCCGGGAGCCCCCCUGGCCCUGCCUGUCCUGCUCCAGCCCCCCUGGGCCCCUCUGGCCCAGUGUCCUGGGUGAUGGACACUUGGAUCCCCCCCACGGGAAACUGGGAAGUGACUGGUGGCACUGGUGGCACUGGUGGCACCAGUACCCACCCGACUCCAGCUCUGUGCUGACAAAUCCCUCCUCACAGCAGGGCUUGGGUGGGUUCCCCCCUCUUUUUUCCCUCUUUUCCAGUAGGUCCCACAGGGAUUUGUGGCCCAGUCACUGCCCUGGGGAGCCCUUGGGGUGUCCAGGUGGGGCCAGGGAUUGCCCCAGGAGGGAUUUCCCAAGCUGGGACAGAUUUUAGGCAGCCAAGAACAAAGUGCUGCCAGACAUCCCUUUUUGCUUUUUCCAAGAUAAAACACUCGGUGCCAACUCCAUGGACACUGCUGGGGCUCCCAGGCCUCCCCAGCCUUCACUUUGUGCAAAAUCAGGGCUGUGCUUUAUUUAUUUUUGAGUCUGAGAAAGGAGCAGAGUUUUAUUUGCAGGUGUGGGGAGGCACUUCACACCAGUCAAGUCAUUCUCUGGUUGUUUUUUUGUUUUUUUUUUUGUGGAGAAAAUGAGGGUUUGAUGGCAGCUCCCAGCACUGGGACAGAGUUGAUUUCAGGGAUUUUCAUGUGUGGACUGUGAAAUUCUUUGUUGACACUGGAGUCUGGUUUGGGGCUUUUUCCUGUGCUACAAACCAAGGUUUUCUUUUUUCCUUUUAUUAAAUCAGAGUUUGGAUUUACUUUGCAUGGAAGGGGAAGGAUUUAUCCAGCUGCAAAAGCUCCCUUGGUACCACGGCCUGAAUUCCUCAGUUUCCAUGGAAUGCUGGAGUUGUGGUUGUCCCCUCUGGAGUUUUAUUUAUCCUGGGAGCAGGGAUGCCCCUGUGUGUCUGAACCAGCCCCACACCUCAGAGCUGGGACAAACUCCAGCUGUUCUGGUGCCAGAACAGGGACCCCAGGGUGGCUCCAGUGACCUCUGUGUGUGUUGGUGGCCUGGGAACUGGGGAAGUGAUCAAGUGUAGAGCCCUGAUGAUUUCAUUUCCAGCUCAUUCAGCUUCACUGGUUGUGCAUUUCUGGGCUGAUGUGCCUGUGCUCUGCACUGAGUCCAGCCUGGAGCCGCUCCCUGGCCGUGUCCUGGUUUAGCCCCAGUCCCUGCAUGGAAAAGGGAAUUCACUGGAAGCACCAAUUUGCUCCUCAGGAAGGAGGGGAGGGGGCAGCAGGGGGAGGUUGAUGCCUUAGAACACUGUGAGGUCAUUAAUAAUCAGCAACAGCUGAAAAAUGGGAAGCUUUUAAUUAAAAACAUGAAAAUCA